AUGGAGGAGGAGAGAAAAGCUGAAGGAACUUCAGAAGAUCCAAAGGGACAAGGGGUGUUAAGCAGAAAGAACAGCCACAGCUCUAUGUGUCCGACAGAUGAUGACGAUGAAGAGGAAGACAAGAAGCUUCAACUUGGUCCUAUGAUCGCUCUCAAAGAACAGCUCGAGAAAGACAAGGAUGAUGAAAGCUUGAGGAAAUGGAAAGAACAACUUCUAGGCAGUGUGGAUAUGGAGGAGGUUGGAGAGACUCCGGAUCCGGUGGUAAAGAUACUAUACUUAACAAUUAGGUCACCGGAUAGAGACGACAUGGUAUUGACUGUCCCUGAAGACGGAAAACCGACAUCGAAAGGGGCAUGGUUUACUCUCAAAGAAGGCUCUAAGUACACUCUUGUAUUUACUUUCCGUGUAACCAACAACAUUGUGUCUGGCCUCCGUUACAGCAAUACGGUUUGGAAGACCGGACUCAAGGUGUAUAGUAGAAAGGAGAUGUUAGGAACGUUUAGUCCACAGGCGGAACCUUAUACCCAUGUCAUGUUUGAAGAAUCGACACCGUCUGGUAUGCUUGUUAGAGGCUCUUAUUCCGUUAAAUCUAAGUUCGUAGACGACGACAAUAAGUGCCACUUGGAGAACAAUUACACCUUCGACAUUCGCAAGGAUUGGCUGUGA